AGACCCUACAUUGUCAAGCGAUUGAACAUUUUGACGUUGACAGUUUGUCGUCUGCCACCGUCAAUGUAAGGAAAGGUCGAUAAUAGACGAUCUUUUUCUCUAAAUUUGCCGCUUUUAGUCUUUGAGGAGUAGGUGCAGCAAGGGCAGCGGCAGGGCCUGUUUUCACUUAUCCUGCAAAGAUGGCGCUGCCAAAGUCGGAGAUGGAGCAUGUGGAUGCAAAAGUAUUCGAGAACGCGGCGGUCAUCAGCAACUCCGAAGUAGCAACCAUUCUCAGCGAAUACAUGCGGCAGCGGAGAGAGGAGAAACCCACCUUCCAGCCAGAGCCCCUGGUGCAGAAGACGCUAGAGUACGUUCAGAAGUUCAACUGCGGCACAAACCCGGAGGCAGUGCAAGCCAUGCGCAACUACAUGGAGACCUUCGGGCUGAAGCCGUUCGAGUGGGGCCUCAUCGCCAACCUGCUGCCCGAGGACACCGACGAGGCCACCAAGCUCAUACCCAGCCUGGUGGAUCACCCGGACGACCCGCCCGAGGAGCACCGCUCCAUCCUGCCCGAGGAGCUGGACCGCAUCCUGGCGGAGCUGCAGAACCUGAGGCACGCGUAGGGGGCGGGGCUGGAGGGGUGGGGGAGAGCAGCGGAGGUAGAGAAGGAAAAGAAG